AUGUCGUACACUGAGCUUUAUCUCGCCCUGUUGCAAAAGGGUUUGGUGGCUCCCAGACCUAUGGGACCUCCACCUGAUCGUCUGCCUCCAUGGUACAACCCUAAUGCACACUGUCCUUUUCAUGAAGGUGCCCCCGGGCAUGACCUAGAGGGUUGCUACGCGCUGAAGCAUAGGGUUCGUGAACUGAUUAAGAGCAAGAUCUUGUCUUUUAAGGACAUGGGACCGAAUAUGAAGAACAAUCCUCUCCCUCCCCAUGGGAAUCCUGCAGUAAACGCCAUUGAAGACGCCUCUGUUGAUGUUACGGUUGAUAAGGUGGUUGAUGUUAAGACUCCUUUGGCAGCAUUCCAUGCCCGAUUGGUGGAAGGUGGCCUGAUUAAUGUUAAUCAUGACAACUAUGAAAAGUGUGCCACACACCUAAGAGGGUGUCAGAUGGUACGAGACAAUUUCCAAAACUUGAUGGAUAAAGGAGUGCUUCAAGUCUCCAGUGUUGCAAAGAACGAAGACGUUUUGGUAAUUGAACUUUGCUACAAUUUACCCGAACCAGUGGAAAUCCCUUACUAUAGCAGAAGGGUGGCGCCUGAGAAUAGUAAGUCCUCGCCUGUUGAAAUAUGUAUGCCCAUGCCUUUUCCAUACGAGAGCACCAAGGUUGAACCUUGGAAAUAUGAGAUUACCGCUGUGGAUAAGGCAGUUGAAGGAAAUGCAGACGUCGAAGUGACAGAAGCUGUGAGUGAGGACGUCACCAAUAUUGCAGGAAUGAGCAGAAUGACCCAUAGUGGUCGGAUCUAUACGCCUGAAUUCAAUGUGACUCCUCAAGGGCCGACCAAGGAAUCUACAGUUGUAACUCCUGCUAAAGAACCCGAAGUGGUCCAAUCUGAAUAUGAUGUUGAAUUCUUGAGGCUGAUCAAGAGAAGUGACUACAAGGUUGUGGACCAACGGCAUCAAACACCGUCUAAGAUCUCUAUUAUGUCUCUGCUAUUGAACUCCCAAGCCCAUAAGGAGGCUUUGAUGAAGGUGCUUGCUCAAGCUCAUGUCACGCAAAGCAUAACAGUUGACCAAUUUGAUGGAGUAGUUGCAAAUAUCACAGCUUGCAAUACUUUGAGCUUCAGUGGAGAGAAGUUACCUGAGGAUGGACAAAAUCAAAAUCGUGCUCUCCAUAUCUCGGUAAAAUGCAAAGAUGAUGCUUUGGCAAGAGUUUUGGUUGAUAUCGGAUCUUCUCUAAAUGUUAUGCCAAAAAGAACACUCGCCAAGUUAUCUUAUUAA